AUGGCUAAAUGCUUGAAAAAGCCCUUCAAGGACAGUCUGAAUGAUAUAAAAGAACGAAUGAAAGAGAAAAGAAAUCAGAAAUGGACACGGUUGGGAAAAAUUAGCCAGAUCUCCACUGUAAAGUGCAAAAUAGCAACCAACAGCUCCAUGCAAAUGAAGAGCAUCCAAGCAAACAACAGAGCUCUAGCUCAGGCAUUGCAAGAAGAAAAGCUCAAACUGAGGGAUGCCCAGGCUACCAUUCUUCAUUUAACAAAAGACUAUCAAGACCUGAAGGUUCAAAUGUUUGACUUGCGAAGAAAUCUUGUGUUCAAGCAAGCACAAGGACUUGUUGAGACUCGACUGUCAGCUUUGAAUGAGAUAAUUUCAAAAGUUUCUCAGAAUUUGCUGAACUCAAUUGAUCUCCUUGGCUCUGCAAAGAAGUUGUGCUACACAGAUGCAAAUCGGAGGGUGCUUUCGUCAGUUUUUGAAAAUACUUCCAAUGUCACAGGACAAAUGCAUUCAGUAGGACCUUUACAGUGUGCUGAUGGAGAUGAUAGAGUACCUCCAAGUGGGAUGGUAGCUGAUCAUGAUAAAAACAAGUUGGCUCAUUCUGUGUCCGAGAUCUGUGAGGAGUCUGACAAAUCCACUUCCUUAAUCAAAAUAGUUCCAGACAAAGGCCAAACAUCUGAUUUUCAUCUGGACAACACAGGGUCAGAAAUGGAAAAUGUUUCCUCAAGUGGAGAGGAUGGAUUUGGUAAUGUGUUACCAAAAAGUGUGAGCACCAGGUGUCGCUAUUCAAAGAUGAGAAAUCAUGGUGAACUUUGCAUUAGUGUCUCAGACAAUUCAGAAGCACCUGAUUCAACAAGAGAACUUUCUAAACCAGAUGAGAGUAGACUUGAGGAAAGUCUAAAGAAGUAUACUGUAGAAAAUAUAAAUUCAGAUAUUUCUCAGUUGAAUGAAACCAAGAUAGUGUUGGAGCAGAUAGAUUCUGAAACUGCACGGCUCAACUUAAACAGUAAUUCUGAUCUUAAACGUGAGCAUAAAAGCAAAGACUCUCAAGUAAGAAAAAAGCAUCAGCAGGGAAAACUGGAAUGCUCUAAAAAUACUUCCAGACACAAAUCAAAAAAAGGACAAGGUAAAGAGGCAUCCAAAGAGAAGUUGGAUUUGUUGGGGGGCUCCAGUGAUGCUUACAACUUUCAUUUUGAAGAGCGUGUCCAUGUUACGCCUUUUCGACAACAUAAGGUGAAUGACACAGAUACUGGGGUGGAUGAUGAAGACAAUGUAGCUGAAACAAAUACCAUCGAGUUGAGUGAUAAUGAAGAAGAUUCAGAUGAUGAGCUCUAUGAACCUUACAAGAGUAAACCAAAAAAAAGGAAAAGUUCAGUGGACAAGACAGAAACAUCACCAGUCCACAUAAGGCCAAGGUCUAAAAGAUGCUUGGCACAGCGUGAGCAGAAACUCCACAAUGAAAAUGAGAAUGAAAGCAAUAAGUCAAGUGACAAGUCUAUUCGACAGCCUUCUGAGCCAUCUCGUGGUCAUCUUUGUGAUGUUACCAAUACCACUUCAUUGCUUCCCAGCACUGAGAAUGCACCUGUUGCUCCAGAAUGUGAUGUACCACAAUCCCCAAAACGCAAGCGAAGCUGUACUCUUACUGUGAACUAUAAAGAACCAAGUAUUGCAGGGAAACUCAGGAGAGGAGAUCCAUUUACAGAUACAAAUUUUCUGAAUUCUCCAAUUUUCAAGGAGAAAAAAGAUGCUAAACGCCGUUCUCUUAAGAAAACAUCUCCAUCAAAAUACAAUGAGAAAUUUGUUGGUUGUUGUUGA